AUCGCACUUCAAAUAUAGAAGGUGCAAGAGAAAGAAGAAACCUACCCUAACCUAGAGGAUUAAAUGACAACUGGUCAAGUUUCCUUACACAAUCUUACAGUAAAUGAAGAGUAAGCAACAAGCAGUAUACAACAUGUGUACAAUUAAUAUAAAUAGGAUUAAUUAAUAUAAAUAGGAUGCGAUAAAAAUUGUAAAUCUGUUCACAUAAUAAAAAUCGUACGUUAGAUUAUAAAGAGGAGUGAAUACUAAAUCGCAAGCAAAAUGAGGGCUAUAUUGAUAUUCGAUAAUUUAAAUGAUGUGCUGUUUGUAAAAUGUGAUAAAAAAUUUGCGAGUCACAUCCUAAAGCUGGCGAAGACGCAAGGGUUGCUGGAUGAUAAGGAUACUUCAAACUUGGAAAAUUCUAUACCCAGUCCAAACAUCAUAAUGCAGUUGUUUUCACCUAUUGUCACCUCUCAGCAUUUGAUGGCGUCACAGUUUGGAAACUCCUAUACUUCCAUGAAGUUCCAAGAUGGAACCAACAUGGUUUUUGAUGAGUAUAUUGGCUACACUUUCAUGUAUAUUGCUGCAAAAGAGAUAGAUCUCAUGAGACGCACUAUCGGGGUAGGCGUAUCCAUUGUACGACACGUUUGUGGUCCAGAUGUUGCAAUAUUGAAGACUAACUGGCAGAAAGCUUGUUUGGUAUCUUCUUUAUUAGAUGCAUGGUCUGAUCUAAGAAACUACGAACAGAGCAUGCUGAUUGAGGCAAUAGAACAGUUGUCUGUGAAUACUGAAGUGGCUUCCUCAGUCCUCAAAGUACUGCACGACGCCUGCGACAAGUUGAAAAGUUCACAGGCUGAAUUUAGCAACCUGCACAUGUUGAUCCUUGUGGGCUCCAAGUUCCUAUCUUUAUACUCCAGCAAGAACGCCCAUGAUUUGUGCGCAUCAGAUAUCUUGUUAAUGAUAUUAUUAUGCUCGGUGAUAAAUAAGAAGCGGAAACGUGACUCGGAAAAUAAUGAUGAGAGUAAUGACAAUGACAUCUUGUUACCGGACAAUAGUGCUUCCAAAAGCGAUGAAGUAAAAAUAAACUUCGGAGCUAAGCUGGCCACUCCUACUUCAGAGGACAUUACAGAUCUCUUUAAAGGCUCCAGAGAAUCUUCCGUAAAUGAAAAUCUUUCAUCUUUGACCGAUGAAGACCUGUACAGCCAAUUGCUUCUUCUUGGUUGCCAGCACAACUACACAGCCAACACAGUUCAUAUCUUUGAAUUAUCGGACUCUAUCAAUUUAAUAACGAUCGUCGAAGCGACAAAUCUUUCUACUUCUUCCGGAUUAUGUGAUAGUUUUCAUUACUUAGAUGUAAUAAACAAUCUACAAUUUCAAAGAGCCUUCGACGAGCUAAAGCCAGCUUUCGAAAAUCUUGACGGAGCGAUCAAGAAGGUGUUGGAGGGAAUUAGAAAAAAUCGUUCGAAUGUUGGUAAUGAUGUCGAUAUGUGUCAAAAGAGAUUGCAGACCAAGUGGGACUUCGUUCGAAAAAAAUACAACGACCUUCUACGUUCACGCGAUCCAGAAGUGAUCUUGCAAAUCGAGGCAAAUACAACCGGCUUUGUGGAAACCUUGAAAGAGCUGUUACGUUUGACUUGUUUUGAUAGAAACUUUCUGAAGCAAGGAAUUGAUGUUUUGACGACAGUCGGUAGACUUGUGAGACAAAAGCUGAAUGAUUUCAGUGACUUUCUGAAAGUUAAAGCUCUGAAGAACUUCACAUUAGGAUCAUAUCUCGAAGAAUUUCCAGGUCUGGUGCAUUUUAUUUACAUUGAUAGAACAACUCACAGACUUGUAGCACCCACAUUGGAUUUUACAAGCAGGGAAACGCUCGCCUUAACAAUGAAAAAGAUCUGGAAUAUGGUCCAGGAAAGCAGAAUGCACUUGCAAGAGGGUCAUUUAUCAGUUAUGUGGAAGGACACUACAUUCAAUUAUUCUUAUUUCCUGUGGUUCGAGGACAACUCUGGAUGGUCGCCACCGAAAUGUAAAAUCUAUCUCAACCAUGUGAUGAAAAAUUUUCCAGUACCCGGUAUACUUUGUGGAGAUUAUUACAGAAAGCUUACUGAGACGUGUUUUCCCAAAUUCUCACCAAAUAAAGUACGAAUCUAUGAACUGUACUGUGUACAUUUGGGAUUGACUACGUCGACCUGCGUAUUGGAGCAUUCCCGGAGAUUAGCAGCCACUAUAUGGGAAGUCACUGGAAUACCAAAUAAUUUCGUGGAUAUAUUCUAAAAUUUUCUUUUCAAUUCUUCUAUAUACAAUGACCUGCAUUCCAUGAUUUUUUUAAAAGCAAAUUUUAAAUCUUUAUACUUAAAAGAAACUACGCGGAAUAUGAAAAAUUGCAUUCACUUCCAUUUCUUUUUCUGAAAUUUUCUCUUGUAUUAGUAUACUCGACUUUGAGAUCUUCUGGGAGUUUGCAUCAUUAUAUUAAGAUACGUUCGAAAAUACGUGCAAUUUCUCAAGUAAAAGUUAUUUAAUCAUAUUUCUUGAACUUUGAUUCUAGAUUUUUAUAUUUAUAGUUUUUUUAAUUUUUAAAGAUUUCUUUCGUAUUCGAGUUUCUGUGAUAGAUUCUUAAACUUCUAGGAAUAUGCAGGAUUUUUGCACUAUUACUUCUAAAUAUUAAUUGAAAUAGCAAAAUAAUUUUCUCCAAAUUUUCGGGAGAUAAUAAUAUGUCAUAAAUUAAUGAAGUUGUAAUUUAUAGUAUGCAUAAUAUUUUAUUUAAUUUUACUUUAAAGUUCUCUAUUGUUGAUUAGAUAUGUACCAAAGGAUUGAUUAGGAUAUUAAUUAGACUAUUUAUUAAGCUCUUUUAAUUGUUUUAUUUAUUACAACAUAAGAUAAAGUAAAAUAUUUUGCGCUUUUUAUUUACAAGUGUUUUUAAUUAUCAGUAAAUAUUAAUUAAAAGUAUAUAUGUCAUUUUAUAGCAAAACGUUCAUGUUGAACAAGAAUUCAAUGGCACAAUAAACAAUAUAAAUUAAAUGACAAGCAUGAGAAAUAAAAAAAAACAAAAC